AUGACUAAUACCCAAGACAAUUUAAUUAAGCAGGAAAUUAAAAAUAAAUUAGAAUUAGUGAAAUUGCCAGAGCACGAGGAGCAAAUGAUUAAAUUUUUUUUGGCAAAUAAUUCGGAUAAAGCGGCCGAGGCUAAAUUACAAGAAAAAUUAAUCAAUCAAGGGCAGUGGAAAGCGAGAAAUCCGGAUUUUUUGGCUGGGGCCAAUAUUUCGAACAAAAAGGGGAUAUUUUUCUUUGAUCGGGCUAAUCAAUUUACUAAUGUGAAAGGUUACGGACAAAAAGUAGUUGCUACUAAUCCGUGCGGAGAACAACCGCUUGCUCCUUAUUCGGUUUGUAAUUUAAGUGCUGUCAAUUUGGCCUCUUUUGUGGAUAAAAAGACCUCGCAAAUCAAGUGGGAUGAAUUGCGAGAAACGGUAGAAAAUUGUAUUCGGUUCCAAGAUAAUAUUAUUGACGCCAGUUAUUAUUUUCUAGAAAAAAAUACUAUUCAGGCCCAAGGAGAAAGGAGGAUUGGUUUGGGAGUCAUGGGAUUACAUGAUUUUUUGAUUUAUGCUGGUUUAAGAUACGGCUCGCCAAAGGCUAAUUUACUAGUAGACAAAUUGUUUGAGACCAUUUGCCGAACCGCUUAUGAGACUUCAAUCGCACUAGCCCAGGAAAAAGGUUCUUUUCCUUUUCUGACUGAUAAAAAUAAUUUAGUGGAAAAAUCGGCUUUCAUUCGCUCUUUGCCAAGUGAUAUUCAAGAAAAAAUUAGAAAAUAUGGUCUGCGAAAUUCCCAUUUAUUAACUGUGGCUCCGACGGGUAGCACCGGGACUUUGGUGGGGGUUUCUACGGGUUUAGAGCCUUAUUUUGCUUUUUCUCAUUAUCUUAAAAAAAUCUACGAGCGGCUUUAUAACAAAGGAGCAAAAGGAGGAACGGUUUAUGUUGACGGCAGCCGUGAUUUUCAAGUGCUUAGUUUGGAAAAAAACGAUAAUCAGUUUGCCGAAUUAAAGAAAAAAGACCAAUGUCAUACUUGCG